UUUGGUUACCAGUCUCUUCAAGGCACUCGCGGUCAAUAUGGCGGACGUCAAGCAGUUUAAAACUCCAAAAAGAAGAUUGGUAUUUGAGAAGAAUUCCUUGGAAGAUACUAAACAAAGACACAAAAAACAGAUAACAGAGCAUUAUUUCAACCAUUCUGUUUCUCUAGUUAUUCCAGGAUGUGCCAUUGGAACAGUAAAGCAUUAUUUCAGAGAACAUUUACCAUCGCUGGAUGAAUUUUGUGUUGCAGUUUUGCCACUGCAUGUUUUUAUAGAAAAGGAAUUUAUUGAGAAGUUUAUAAGACAAGGAAAUUUUUAUGCCUUGAGCAGGAAAACCAAACUAGACACUGAAAAUUGUGUUGCAGUACUACCAACAGGUAUUUUGUUGUUAUCAUUGGAUAAAGACACAUACGAAGAGCUUGGACUGGUCGGAAAGCAGUCAAUAUUCCAGAACAAAUUAAGAUUUAUCGUUGAAAUUGAUUUAAAAUCACCAUCGUUCCAUCCUGGGAAAAAUCUUUAUGAGAGGGUAAGAUGGUGCUUAAAAGAGCAUUUGGACUUGGAAUUUGAAUUUGUCUUCACUUGGACAGAUACAGACAACAAACUAGACAUCAAGGAUAUCCAAUCCCACUUCAGGUUAUAUAAAUGCUGUCCAUUUAAAAAUAAAGAAGAUAUAAGAUCUCUAAGUAAUGCAAGAAUACCAGUUGUAAACUCUCAGGAAACACAGUUAACAGACAAAGAUAACGACAACAUAAGCUGUGCUGGUGCUAGUGGUUUCUAUGAAUGGCUUGGUAGCAUUCACUGUGAUAUUGAGUGUUCAUCGGGAUCACCAGACAGUUAUGUGUCAACAUUUACCUGUCCAAAUCCUUCAACAGUCUCUAAAGAAAUGGUAAAAUGUCAAUGGACAGGUUUUAUAACACCACAAAGAAUCCUCAAUUUACUAGAAGCAUCAAGAUCAUUCCUUCAGUGUUCACCUGAAAAGCCACCCUGGAUAGCUCUAAAUGUGUGGGGUUUUGCCGACACCCCUGUUAGUUGGCUCAAGAAUGAGCAUGGCUUCCACUAUGAAGGAGACAACAUGUACACUAUGAUCAUCUUCCCCAGUGACAUAUACUGGUGCUACAUGGCUCUUGGUAGCAACGAUGUAUGCUCAUAAACUUUGUAAAUAAAAUAAAGGCAUUCUCAAAUCUUGAA